GCUUAAUUCAACUGCUUCCGUAGGAGGGAGAUUUCACAUGUGUAUUGUACAAAAAUAGCGAGCAUGUAAGAUAAAGAUAUCGUUCUGAUUUGAGAAACGUUUUGUUGACUCUUGUGUUGGAACUUCGACCUCACGAUGACAUCAGAGACCUUUUUAGAUGACGAAGAUACCUUCAAGAUUCUCAUUGCUACUGACAUUCACUUGGGUUACCUGGAGAAGGAUGCCAUCAGAGGCAACGACACGUUCGUGACGUUUGACGAAAUUCUGAAAUGUGCCAAACAGAACGAAGUGGAUUUUAUCCUACUGGGCGGCGAUCUUUUCCAUGACAACAAGCCCUCCCGUAGGACUAUGCACAAUUGCAUGGAGCUGCUGAGGAAGUACUGCAUGGGAAAUCAACCAAUUAUGUUCGAAAUACUGAGUGACCAAGCUGUCAACUUUGGCAACAGCAAGUUUCCCUGGGUGAACUACCAGGACGAGAACUUGAACAUCUCUAUCCCUGUUUUCAGUGUGCAUGGGAACCACGAUGAUCCCACAGGGGCGGAUGGCCUGUGCGCUCUGGACCUCCUCAGCUGUGCCGGACUUGUCAAUCACUUUGGCCGCAGUAGGUCUGUAGAGAAGGUGGAGAUCAGCCCCCUGCUGCUACAGAAAGGGAGCUCCAAGAUUGCGCUGUAUGGAAUAGGUUCCAUACCUGAUGAGAGGCUGUAUAGGAUGUUUGUCAACAACCAGGUGAUGAUGCUGCGACCACGGGAAGAAGAGAGCAGCUGGUUCAAUCUGUUUGUCAUCCACCAGAACAGGAGCAAACACGGAGCGACAAACUACAUCCCAGAGCAGUUCCUGGAUGACUUCCUGGACCUGGUGGUGUGGGGGCAUGAACAUGAGUGCAAGAUCUCCCCUGUGAGGAAUGAACAGCAGCUCUUCUAUGUGACACAGCCUGGCAGCACAGUGGUGACAUCACUUUCACCAGGGGAAGCAGUCAAAAAGCACAUCGGCCUCCUGCGUGUGAAGGGCAGGAAGAUGAACCUGCAGAAGAUCCCCCUGAAGACUGUGCGACAGUUCUACAUCCAGGAUGUGGUGCUGGGAGACCAUCCUGACCUCUUCAACCCUGACCACCCGAAGGUCAUGCAGAAGGUCGAGGCCUUCUGCCAGGAGAAGGUGGAGGAGAUGCUAGAAGAGGCUGAGCGAGAGCGUCUGGGGAAUCCGCUGGUGCCUGAGAAACCACUCAUCCGCCUAAGAGUGGACUACAGUGGUGGGUUUGAGGCCUUCAACACCAUGCGCUUCAACCAGAAGUUCGUUGACCGCCUGGCCAACCCCAAAGAUGUGCUUCACUUCACUAGACACAGAGAAAACAAGAGCACAAAAGGUGAGGACAGCAUUGACUUUGAUAAGCUGCUGAACCGCACUUCCACUGAGGUGAUGCAUCUGAGAGUGGAGGACUUGGUGAAGCAGUAUUUUGAGACGGCUGAGAAAAACGUGCAGCUGUCUCUGCUGACGGAGCAGGGCAUGGGCAAGGCCGUCCAGGAAUUCGUGGACAAGGAGGAGAGGGACGCGAUCGAGGAGCUCAUCAACUACCAGCUGGAGAAGACCCAGCGUUACCUGAAGGAGAGGAGCGUGGAGGCAGUGGAGGAGAAGAUUGACGAAGAGAUCCGUCGUUUCCGGGACUCAAAGAAGAACACAGCAGAAGAGGAAGAGGAAGUCCGUGAGGCCAUCAAUCGGGCCAAAGCUCAUAGAACACAGGAGUCAGGAGACCAGUUCCAGGAUGAUGACUUCCAUCUCUCUGAAGAGGGUGAUGUAGCCAUGGACUCCGAUGACAGCCUCGCCCCGCCACAGCCUUCCCGAGGUCGAGGAAGAGGGCGUGCACGGGGGGCCAGGGGUCAGAGUUCAGCUACCAGAGGGACAUCCAGAAGGGGCAGGGGUACGUCUGAGGCCAAGGCUCCAGGGAGAGGGCGUGCCCAGCAGAACCCUGUCGUCAGCCCAGUGAAGAGCAGAUCCAUCAUGGAGGCCUUCCAAGCAACCUCUCAGAGACCUUCCAGAGGUACAACAUCGAAGAAUUAUAAAGAUGAAGUUGUCAUCAAUGACGAGUCCGAUGAUGAGGUGCCCUUCACAAGACCUUUCAAAUCAGCUCAGAGGGUCUCUUCUCUAUCCUCAAGUAGGCAGGGUUCUCAGAGUCAGAGCCAGUCGUACAGGGGUGUGUGUUUUGAUGACGACGACGAUGAUGAUGACGUGUUGGAUCCUUUUAAAGAUUCCAGUAAUUCCAAAGGAAGAGGUCGAAGAUAACUGCAACAAAACACUCUCUGCGAGACACUGCUACUCAAGCUGUUCUCACUAUCUGUCCUUUUGUUUUUUUUGCUCCUGUUGGACUUAUUUCCUAUUAACAAUCCUCCCCCUGAAAUACACAUUGUUUAAUGGUCUGCAUUAGCUGAAGAGCAUUUGCUUUUCUUACUUUUGAUGCGUGUGUUACCAUCCACCCAGAUUCAAAGCCUUGUGGGCUUAGAGGUACAAUAAAGACUGUCCAGUUUCAUGAAGUUGUUGUAAGACUCAUUGUUAGAAAAAUAAUUUUUUUAAAAAUAAAUUUUACC